CAUCAAAGAGAGGACAGGUUUGGCUAGGCGAAUGUUAUCCAUUAUUAUUUAGCUUUAUUGAACUAAAAUGUGAUUAUUUUAAGGCAGUGCUAGCUUGAUAGCCAUCGGGACAUGGCUCUAUUGCCCGAACAAGGACAUCGACGGUGAUGUCUUGACCUCCGUUACUUGCCUUGUACCAGAGGAGCCCAGGACAAGAUGCUGCUGAAGAUGCCCCAGAAGCUGCUGAAGACUGCCCACUACAUAGAGCUGGGCAGUUACCAGCACUGGCCGGUGCUGAUACCCCAGAGGAUAAGACUGUACACCUACGACCAAAUCCCCCUGUUCCUCAAAGAAAACCCCUACAUUACAGACGGCUACAGGGCUCAUCUGCCCUCCAAACUCUGCCUGAAGAGUAUUUUUAUGCUAUCUAAUGAGACGGUGAAUAUCUGGAGCCACCUGCUGGGCUUCCUCCUCUUCUUCUCUCUGGGGGUCAACGACCUCUCCACAGUACUGCCAGCCUCAGGAGCUAACAGAGAGGACUACGUCAUCUAUGCUAUUGGACUGUUCUGCUUCCAGGUGUGCAUGUUGUGUUCAGUGGGGUAUCACCUGUUCGCGUGCCACCGGUCAGAGAAGACGUGUCGUCGCUGGCUUGCAUUGGACUAUGCAGGCAUCUCAGUCGGCAUCUUGGGCUGUUAUGUGCCUGGAAUCUUCUACGCUUUCUACUGCAAUGCUUUUUGGCGGCAGGUCUACCUGCUGACUGUGCUGUCGCUGAUCUUGGCAGUCUUCUGCGCCCAGAUCCACCCUCGUUACCUCAGCAACGACUGGCGGCGGCUGCGGAUGGCGAUCUUCUGCUGCGUGGCGGGCAUCAGCGUGAUCCCAGCGUGCCACUGGGUCUGGCUCAAUGGAGGAUACACCACUGAUGUAGUUAAGCUGUUCCUGCCCCGUGUGAUGGUGAUGUACUUGAUAGCUGGAUGUGCUUUCCUGUUCUAUGUCACCAAGAUCCCUGAGCGCUGUUUCCCUGGCCAGAUGAACUACCUGGGCGCCAGCCACCAAUUGUGGCACAUACUGGUGGUCGUGAUGUUUUACUGGUGGCACCAGACCGCUGUACACAUCAUGCGCUUCAGGCACAGCCAGUCCUGCCCAGUCUGGUCCAGCAGCAAGUGAAAACGGAUCACAUCAUUUAAAAGGCAAUCGGUUAUAGACUAGUAUUCAACUAAACUCACCAUAAUAACACUGAAAACCUUCUCUCCAGUUAGCUGCUGGUUAGAAGCAGCUACCUGAUGGUUGGUCAACCACUAAAUAACAAAGGCUCCCGACUAUUAGCUGAUUAGCUGCUUGUGCCUGGGCCAGCUGUAAAAGGCCAGUAUCUUUUCUUAAAAGUCUACUUUAUUCAACAGUAGAUAGCAGCUAACGGUGACCAGGAGCUACUGUGAAUUUAAAUUCUCUGAACAAAAGGGCAGUAAACCAGAGCCUGUAUUAUAUAUUGUACUUUCCUACAGUAUACUGUACUGUAUAGUUCAUACUUUGACUGCUGGCUAGUAGUCAAAAGAUCUACCAUGUGAUAAGAUCAGUCUUCAGGGACUGUGAUCUGAUGUCAAAACAUAAGGUAUGUAGCCUUUCAUAUUUCACCACAACCAUUAAAUCAAUGCAUGAAACAGGAUUUUUAAUUUACUUGUAGGAACAGACUAGUCUUUGGUGUUUUUAAAUGAUAAUCACUUCAUGUUAUGGCUGGUUCAGAGAGUGAUCUUUGUUUGUUUUUGUACAGAGGUUUUGAAGAAAAUAUCCAUGAUUCUUUUUAAUCAAACAUAUUAGCCACUGUGAUCAACGCCUUUUUUAACCUUUAGUUUAGAUUCAACUGUCGGUUUUCUACAAGACAAGAAAAAAUAUCUUGAUCCAUGUCAGAAAGCACAGAAAAAAGAAUGGAAAUUCAACAUUUGGAUGCUGUGAAUUGCUAGUCUCGGAAAAAUGAAAUGUGCCGCUGCCUCAGAUAUUCAAAUAUUUUGAACAAAAAAAAAAGGUAAAAUUGAUCAAUGAGCAAUCUGAAAUAUUAAAUGAGGUGGGGAACUGAACAAGGAAACAAUGUGGGAACUAUAUUUAAUCUCAGCGCAUUGGUUUCUUAGAAUUAUUUGAUAUGUCUUGUGUGUCAUUUUUUGUCUUUGGAACAAAAUACUUGGACAACUCUUUGCAAUGGACUAAGCCAGUAUGUUAAAGCUGCACUGGGCCGCGAUCACAGAGCAACGAUCAAAAUGUUGUACAAUCACUGUCAUAUUUCAUCAUUUGUCCCAUAUCUG